UCCUGUUUACCAAAUAAACGGAUUGUAGAUUGCAACAUCGCUGCCUUUUUCCCAACCACAUCACGACAGGCAGAUUUUAUACACCGUGCACGGUCGGCAUUUGUUAUUUAUGACAUAUUUAUCGUGUAGUAUAUGCCGCUUCCAGUCGUAUGCGAUCGUAUGUCACGAAUGAGACGAGGACUUGACAUUGAGGCGACGUGAGCAGGCCGUGGAGGAUCCUUGGUGUUUCCUGACUCCAGUUGACCGGCGAGCAGUCACACUGUGUUGGCUGUCUGCUGCCGCGUCACCGUCCAACUAAACGCGGCUGGCCGUGCUGGCUGGAUCUCUGCUGGUUCGGACAGGGGAACACCACCGGUGCCCUGAAUUCAGGAAGACACUUCGGCUCCGGCCCCCUCAAGAGGGCAGCCAGGAAGGGAUGGCCUGCUCGGUCUUCCCGUCCCAGCGGACAAGGUGCUGCGGUCUUUAAAGGAGGUCGAGUCCGGUUAGAGUCCACCAGCUCGGUUCGAGGCACUAUGAUGGCCGCCUGCCCUUCCGCGGUCGGCGUCUUGAAAGACGCUGGGCUGUCGGCCAGGAAGAGUGAGGAAAUAGCGGAUUUGAUAGACUUGUUUUCCAAGGCCCAGUACCGAGCAAAGGAAGUGACUCCUCGGAUGGAGGCCGUAGAAAACCGGUGUCUGGAGUUAUUUGCCAAAGAUUACAAGUACAGUGUGAUCCAGAACGCCAAUGGAGAAGUUUGCGGUCAUUACCCCCGACAGAUCGUCUUCUUGGAGUACGAAUGCACAGACGUGGAACGAGACAGGUUUGAGAGCACGGUGCAGAUAAGUAAACUGCAGGAUUUGGUGAACCGGAGUAAACUAGCUCGCUGCAGAGGGAGGUUCGUCUGUCCGGUCAUUCUCUACAACGGCAAGCACAUUUGUCGCUCAUCCACUCUGGCAGGCUGGGGGGAGCUCUAUGGACGCACGGGCUAUAACUACAUAUUCUCUGGAGGAAGUGAUGAUACAUGGGCAGAGUCAGAGGAGCUUCCUCAGGAUGACAGCGCAGUCAGGAACGGCGACUCCCAGCUCUUUGACAAGGUCCGUGGCCACGACAUCAAGCUCCUGCGUUACCUGUCAGUUGGCUACAUCUGCGACCUCAUGGUGGAGAACAAGAAGGUUAAGUUUGGCCUAAAUGUGACGUCCUCCGAGAAGGCAGACAAAGCCCAACGCUAUGCAGACUUCACGUUGCUCUCUGUGCCUUACCCAGGAUGUGAGUUUUUUAAGGACUACAAAGACAGAGACUACACAGCCGAGGGACUGGUGUUCAACUGGAAUCAGGACUAUGUGGACGCUCCUUUGACAAUCCCGCCAUGCUUUACCAAGAACCUAAACAUCGACUGGGCUCAGUACCAGUCAUGGGAUCUGGUGGAGCAGACGCAAAACUACCUGAAGCUGCUGCUGCAUAUCAUCAACAGUGAUGAUGACAAUGGCCUUCUUGUGCACUGCAUAUCAGGCUGGGACCGAACACCUCUGUUUGUUUCUCUCCUCAGGCUGUCUCUCUGGGCUGACGGUGCUGUGCACGCCAACCUGGAGCCGGCCCAGAUCCUAUAUCUGACCAUUGCUUACGACUGGUUCCUCUUUGGUCACAUGCUGCCAGACCGACUCUCCAAGGGGGAGGAGAUUUUCUUUUUUUGCUUCAAUUUUUUGAAGCACAUUGUCUCAGAGAAGUUCUCUGCUGUUAGAAAACAGAGAAGGAAGAACUCCCACUUGAAAGAGGGGGACUUUACAGUGGAGGACCUCUGCCAGUUAAAGUCAAGGGAUCGUGGUAGUGUGACAAGUCUUAGCAGUGAGUUUUCCCUAAUCACUGAGGAGGUGGGUGUAGCUUCCAGUUUCACCAGUGACACUGUGGACCUCUUCUCCAGCCAGCCUCCACUUCCCGCUUGGAAAAAAGGCACCACUUCCUCUCCUCAGAUGGUCGUAUGGGCCAAACAAAACCCCCUAGAUGAACAACUCCCAAACCCCCUCAGUGAGGCCAGGUCUUCCAGCUCUUCCUCCUCCAACCAUUCAGAACAUGCUGUCACUCGCACUGGCAGCAGCCCACUGGCUGUCCCUGGCCGAAGGUUAGCAGCAGACUACACUCGCUCGGGGUCUUCUCUGUCCACAGAGUACGGGAGCUGGCAGAUCGUGUCAGGUUGCGGCAGCAUCCACGAUCAUCCACCCUUCCAGCCACCUCAGGCCUCGGCCUCCUCAGCCUCGUCUGCUGUGGCUGCUCCCUAUGACUCCCUCCUGCCUUUCAGCUUCCAGGAGGAGGGUCCCAAUGGACGCAUGUGUCCCUUCCCCUCAGAGCGUCAAGCCCGUCUAGAAGCUGUACGUGAAACCUUCCUGGCAGCCUACAGCUCCACUGUCGGUCUUAAGUCUGUGGUGUCCAGCCCCUCAGCCGCAAUCUCAGGCCUCCUUGAGCAGUUCGCCCGUGGCGUGGGCCUUCGGAGUACUAACGCCAUCGUCUGAACACCUUGCAGUGAGAGUUCCCACCCCUUUGCUUCAUCCAAUGGAAUCAACUGUGGACUCCAAUAAAGUGCCAAACAUCCCCCUCAUACAGGAAGUUGUUCUGCUCUUCUUGAAUCAUCCUGUUGUCAUGUCACUUUUCCAUCCAUCCAACUCCAGACUAAAACGACAUCCAGCCCACUUUGAGCAGUUUGCUUCCUGUGGGUGCAGGCGAGUGCGACUGUGUCUAGUCGCAGCUUGGGUGGGGUUAGGGGAGCUCACCUACGAGCCACACCCCCCUGCGUCUGGCUCCCUUCCAUCCAAGGUGUGGUCUCCCCUUCCAUUCUUCUUCAUUGGGUCUUCUUAAUCACUCUUUGUCUUUUCCUGGAUUGGUUUUAUCCGUUGGUUGUAAUUUGGGAGGGAAUUGUUUUGGUUUUGGCUGUAACAAAAAGGGAGUGUGAGAUCAGCUUAUUAAUCAGCCUACUGAUCACGCUUAUUGCCUUCCAUUGGACUUAAUGUCACGAGGCGUUAUGAAUUUCGACUAACCCAGCACUUAUUGGCACUCUUCAUGCUGCAGUGAUCCAUCCACUCACACUUUGCCAUGCUGGUACUGGACAUACAGUACACAAUGUCAUGGCAACACCUCAUUGGUGUAUACGUAUAUACCAUAGAAAAAUAAGUAUUUGAUCCCCUGAUUUAGUACAUGUACCCUCUUACGGCAAUACGGACAGUACAUUUUUAUGCUAACAUUAUUUCAACAGACAGAAUGUAAACAAAAAACAUCAAAUGAAGGUUAUAAAUGCAUUUGUAUUUGAUGAGUACAUCUGAAUGAUUGCACCAUCAGUGCUCUCUUUCUCACCAAGCUGCCUCUUCAUGCUUUUGUGGUCCAUUCUAGUCUUGUGCAGGUGUACAAACCUGAGGUCAGCGCUAUGGACUUCUCCAUGGUGGCGGAGAGGUUUGAAUGCAAUGUUUGUGUGACAGGUGUCUUAUCCACAUAAUGACUUCUGACAUUGUUGUUUGGCCAUGAGUCAAUUCCGAAGGCUCUAGUCAUCAGUAUUUACAUUUUAGGAAUAAACCAUGUAAUUCAUGCUGUGUUAUGGUUAUGGUUUAAUUCUUUUCAAACAUGCAUGCAGUUUACAUUGAAUGCUAUGUUACAAUUCAUAAUUCCACGUUUGAAAAGGAGUAGGAAGAAGCAGAUCUUACUUAAUCCUACUCCCUCUCAGGAUCACAUCAAUGGCUUCCUGUAUUCAGCGUGCACUAAUUCACUAUUCACAUUAUUCUUUCAUACAAUCAAAGCUGUUAUAAUUAUUAAAACAAAAAAAUUAGAUGAGAUAUGAUCAUAUAAUACAGUAAUCCCUCGUUUAUGGUGGUUGAUUUGUUCGAUACCAGACGCACACGUUAGCAUUGGGAGAGUUCAUCUUUUUUGUUGUUUUUUUUUUACUUCCUGCUCUGUACAGUACUUCCUGUGGUGGCUAUUGUCUAAUUACUGACACCUAGUGACCAGUAUGGAACACUACAUAUCACAAAGUCUUUGAAUGCAUCUUCUGAAUGCCUUAUAUUUGUAUUUUGCUUCAUUUAGCCAUUUUUAUGCUUGCAAAUGCUUCAUUUGAUUCAUAACAGGCUGUAUUCAACCGCAUGUUUCAUUAGUAUGUUUACGAAAUUCGGAAGGCAAAGUGGCGAGCGAUUACUGUACUUUCUUAAGGGGACAGGACCCUCUUGUGUGUUUUAUGGACACAGCAGCUUUGCAUUCUGUCUGUUUAAAUGAAGUUAGCACAAAAAUGAUGUACAAGUCAAACCGGUCUAUAGAGGCCGCUGAAGGGAAACGGCAAAAGUGACCACUAUAAACAGGUGGCAAUUAUUGACUGGUUGGCGGCGAUUUUGAUUUGAAUUUUAGAAUCUAUUCACGGCGGCAUUGUAAAGUGGGAAGAUUACCGUUUUGGCUGUCAUUGAUUCUUUUCAGGGCAGCAUUGCAAAGUAAGAAGACGGCUUUUUUUUUUUUUUUUUACAACAA